UGCCCUGAUCCAAGGUGCCGCUUGGCCUCCCUCCCAGGGAAGACUGCUUCUUGUGUGACACCAGCCAUUGAAAGAGACUCCGAUGGACUUACACCGGGCAGCCUUCAAGAUGGAGAACUCAUCCUACCUUCCCAACCCUCUGGCAUCCCCAGCAUUGAUGGUCCUGGCGUCCACGGCUGAGGCCAGCCGGGAUGCUUCCAUUCCUUGUCAGCAGCCACGACCCUUUGGUGUACCUGUCUCAGUAGACAAGGAUGUGCAUAUUCCGUUCACCAAUGGUUCCUACACCUUUGCCUCUAUGUACCAUCGGCAAGGUGGAGUGCCAGGCACUUUUGCCAAUCGUGAUUUCCCCCCUUCCUUACUACAUCUGCACCCCCAGUUUGCUCCCCCAAAUCUAGAUUGCACCCCAAUCAGUAUGCUGAAUCAUAGUGGUGUGGGGGCUUUCCGUCCCUUUGCUUCCACUGAGGACCGGGAGAGCUAUCAGUCAGCCUUUACACCGGCCAAGCGACUUAAGAACUGCCAUGACACAGAGUCUCCCCACCUGCGCUUCUCAGAUGCAGAUGGCAAGGAAUAUGACUUUGGGACACAGCUGCCAUCUAGUUCCCCCGGUUCACUUAAGGUUGAUGACACUGGGAAGAAGAUUUUUGCGGUCUCUGGCCUCAUUUCUGAUCGGGAAGCCUCAUCUAGCCCAGAGGAUCGGAAUGACAGAUGUAAGAAGAAAGCAGCAGCAUUGUUUGACAGCCAGGCCCCGAUCUGCCCCAUCUGCCAGGUCCUGCUGAGGCCCAGCGAGUUACAAGAACAUAUGGAACAAGAACUGGAGCAGCUGGCCCAGCUGCCCACCAGCAAGAAUUCCCUUCUGAAGGAUGCCAUGGCUCCAGGCACCCCCAAGUCCCUCCUGUUGUCUGCUUCCAUCAAGAGGGAAGGAGAAUCUCCAACAGCAUCACCACAUUCAUCUGCCACUGAUGAUCUGCACCACUCAGACAGAUACCAGACCUUCCUGCGAGUGCGAGCCAACCGGCAGACCCGACUGAAUGCUCGGAUUGGGAAAAUGAAACGGAGGAAGCAAGAUGAAGGGCAGGUAUGUCCCCUGUGCAACCGCCCCCUGGCAGGAUCGGAACAGGAGAUGAGUAGGCAUGUGGAGCAUUGCCUUUCUAAGAGGGAAGGCUCCUGCAUGGCUGAGGAUGAUGCCGUGGACAUCGAGCAUGAAAACAGCAACCGCUUUGAGGAGUAUGAGUGGUGUGGGCAGAAGCGGAUACGGGCCACCACUCUCCUGGAAGGUGGCUUCCGAGGCUCUGGCUUCGUCAUGUGCAGCGGCAAAGAGAACCCGGACAGUGAUGCUGACUUGGAUGUGGAUGGGGAUGACACUCUGGAGUAUGGGAAGCCACAAUACACGGAGGCUGACGUCAUCCCUUGCACAGGCGAGGAACCUGGUGAAGCCAAGGAGAGAGAGGCACUCCGGGGCGCAGUCCUAAAUGGUGGCCCUCCCAGCACCCGCAUCACACCUGAGUUCUCUAAAUGGGCCAGUGAUGAGAUGCCAUCCACCAGCAAUGGUGAAAGCAGCAAGCAGGAGGCCAUGCAGAAGACGUGCAAGAACAGUGACAUCGAAAAAAUCACUGAAGAUUCAGCUGUGACCACAUUUGAGGCCCUGAAGGCUCGGGUUAGGGAGCUUGAACGGCAGCUAUCUCGGGGGGACCGAUACAAAUGCCUCAUCUGCAUGGACUCAUAUUCAAUGCCCCUAACGUCAAUCCAGUGUUGGCAUGUGCACUGCGAGGAAUGCUGGCUGCGGACCCUGGGUGCCAAGAAGCUCUGCCCUCAGUGCAACACCAUCACAGCGCCUGGAGACCUUCGGAGGAUCUACUUGUGAGCUAGCCACCCAGCAGGCCUUGCCUCGAGCAGCCUCAUCUGCCCCCAGCCUCUGUGACAGUGACCCUCUCCCCUUGUACAUACUUGCACACAGGUUCCCCGUGUACAUACAUUCACAUGCGCGCACACAAGCAUACACACACACAGGACUCUGGAGCCAGAGUGGAGGCUGAGGCCCAGGCCUUGCCUGCUGGCUCCCACCAAGCCUGAGAACCAUACCCAUCCGGGCCUCUGUUCCCAGGGUGGAGCAGGGAGGUAGGGGUGGGGAGUAGAGGGGCAAGGCUCCUGAGAUACAGCUCCCAGAUGGACAGACAGACAUGCAAACACCAGACUGAAGCACAUGUAAUAUAGACCAUGUAUGUUUACAAUGUUGUGUAUAAAUGGGACAACUCCUUUGCCCUCCAUGCCCUCACCUUUGGUUGUAUGAUUUUCUUCUGUUUUUUUUUAAGAACUCUGGAAGCAGUGCCUCCUUCAGGUCUGGCUGGGGGCUCGGCCCAACCACCUCUUAGGGUACCUGCUUCUCCCUCUCCCGUGGCGUCCCUUCCCUCUCCCAUGUGCUCGGUGUUCAGUGGUGUAUAUUUCUUCUCCCAGACAUGGGGUACAUGCCCUGAGGGACAUGACCCUCUCCUUAGUCUUAGCUCAUAGGGCUCUUCAUAAGGAGUUGAGGGUGGGGCAGGAAGUAGGUCCCGAGCUGAAGCAGAAGCUGAGGUCAGGGCUGACUGAAGGCGCCCCUGGCUGCACAGCCUUCUGCUAAGAACCAUUCCUGGGAGUAGAGAUGCUGUUCCCAGGGAAAAGUUGUCUCCUUGCCCCUCCUGUGGGCCCCAUGGUGUGAUGCUGUGUCUGUAUAUUCUAUACAAAGGUACUUGUCCUUUCCCUUUGUAAACUACAUUUGACAUGGAUUAAACCAAUAUAAACAGCU